AUAUUAUAGGAAAGCAUCACUACACAUUCCGAGGACAUAUCAGAAAUAUGUGUAGAUGUGAAAUCAACGGCAGUAGUAAAAUGCUCAGCUGUAGAUUCACCCGCUCGUUAUAUGGAAUUGAGCAGCAAUACUGAUCUGAAUCAACCACCAUCAAAUUGGCUUAGAAGCCAGGCUAAAUGGAAGGGACGAUGGGGACGUUGGGCUUACCCAAGAAGCCAUUCUACAACAUUUUCCAGUUUUCAUCUAGCGCAUAAUUUUCCAGACUGUGUAGGAGAAGUAGAUGUUAUAUCAGAUUCAGAGAAUAUCAAAAAAUUAUUGAAGAUUCCAUAUAGUAAGUCACAUAUCAGCAUGAUGGUUCAUUGCAUUGGUAAAACAUUAUUAUUAGAUGAAUUCGAUGUUCAUAGUCAUCUACUCAGAGCUCAGAAACAAUGGGAAUGGUUGAAAAAAUUUUUUAAGGAGCAUAUUCUCCAAACAUUGGAAGAAGAGGAAAAAUGUAUGCUUCGUAAAAAUAAAAGUAGAGAUUAUUUGCAAAAUAAGAAUAUGUUUUCAAAAUUCCUAUAUUAUAGUAUUGCCGAAGGUUCUUCUGAAGAAGAAAGUGAAUCGACAAAACCGGAAAAAUCUUCCGAAGAUACAGCCAAACCGAGUAACUUGAAAUCAUCAAGAGAGACGACUAGCCCAAUUGCUCCCUUUACUGAUUAUACUGUAAAUAUUCCUGAUCCAAUAAAAGAAGUUGAGGAUGAGGUUCAAGAUAGUGGUCAGGAGUUUUUAAGAAAUGUUUUAUGGACGUUUGAAGAUAUACGUAUGCUGAUUGGAUCGGAUAUGCCUAUAUUUGGAGGUGGAACACAUCCUGCAGUUAGUUUAAAAUUAAGGGAUAUGAAAAAACCAAUUAAUGUGUUAACAGGACUGGAUUAUUGGCUAGACAAUUUGAUGUGUAAUGUUCCAGAAGUUGUGAUGUGCUAUCAUCUUAAUGGCAUUGUACAGAAAUACGAAUUUAUCAAAACCAGGGAUAUUCCAUACAUCAAAAAUUCGCAGUUUUCACCAAAUGUCGUUAAAGAUAUUGCUCAAAAUAUUCUUUCGUUUUUGAAGUCAAAUGCUACAAAAAGUGGACACACAUAUUGGCUUUUUAAAGGAAAGAAUGAUGAUGUAGUGAAGCUUUAUGAUUUGACUACACUUUGUUCUGAAGUGAUAGAUGAUAAAGAACAAAAUCCAUUUACUUUGCCAGUUGCUAUGUUGUUAUACAAAGUGGCCAGAAACAUGAUGAAGUCUGUAGAUGCAUUUCAAAAUCAAAAAACUAUUUAUAAACUGCUAAAAAAUUGCUUGGUUUUAUUAGACGAAAAGAAACAUCCAAAGGUAGUUACGUCAAUUCAUUAUCUCCUCUCUGAUAUAUACGUUCCAAGCAACAUUGAUUUAGCUACAAUUCACAAUUUUGCAUUUGAAGAAAGUGAAAGUAGUGACGACAUCAGCGAUGGCAGUAUGGAGGAUGAAGAUGACUUGGAGAGUGAUAGUAAUGAUAACAUCAUGUCAGUUGACGUUCAGGCCCUGUGUGUUCCACAUAUGCUCAAAAGAGAAGAAUACAAAAAGAAUGAAAAAUCUUCCUUCAGGAUAAGCAAAAAUUGGAAUGACAGAUGUCGCGAUGCGCUAUCGCAUGUGCUAAAAGCUCUUCAAUGCUUGUUGGAAUAUGAUGAAGAAAAAGAAAAUGAAGAUGAAAAUAUUAAGAAACAGAACAGUAGUCAAGAACAAAAAGAAGGUGAAGUGAAAAUUGCAAAUCCAUAUCAGUCCAUUCCUUUGAACUAUUCUCCUCUGCAUACAUUUGAAACAAAUUCGGCAGGAGAUGAUAAAAGUUUGAACGAGGAUUUUCACACAGAAUGCUUUGAAUCUGAUAACAACAAAGCGUCUCAAACUUCUCCCGCCAAUAAAAAUAUUACCUCCGUGCCUAUAAAUUCUGAUUCCUGGACAAAUGGCUGUCAAGUGUUGUUGCUUAGAAAAGCCGUCGAAAUCUAUUGUAGUAUGGUAGAAAUAAGUAAUAAAGUAAAAAAGUAUGGCGAAACUUUAAAAAAUAUAAAAAUGGGUUUAAUAUGUUAUGAAUGUACACAGUUUAUAGUGAUAAAUCAAAAUGCUUCUUGGUCAACCGAACCACUGGCUUAUUUGUUAGAAUUAGCGGGCGACAUUCACUUCAUGAUGGUGCAUAAUGAACAGUACAUAGAUCAACAGUUACAAAAAGAAGAAUUUUACAAUUUAAGCAGCCAAGAUAACGAUAUACUGGAAAUGCUGGAACAUAUCUGUAAAAAGAAGAUAUCGUAUGUAUAUAGUUGGGCAUACAGUUGGCCUGUCGAUUUGGAGAGUAGUUUGAAUUUAAGUUGUAGGUGUUAUGAAACUGCUCAGAAUGUUUUGUGUGAUAAAUCAAAAAAAGAUUUUGAACGUCUUGUGAAACGUCAAGGAAAUAUAUGUAAUGAAUUAGGAGUGUUCUAUAUGAAUCAAGGAACUCGUCUUUGGAAUGAAACAGGUAAACUAAUGGAUAAGAUUUCAGAAUUGUGGAAAAAGAGUCAUUCAUUUCUAGAACGUGGAAUAAAGGCAUUUCAGGACGUAAACGACAUUGCAAACAUUGCAUUACUUUAUUCAAAUACAGGAAGGCUAAUGAGACUUUGGGCGCAUGCACAAGUUCCAACUAAUAACGAUGGAACUCGUAAAGAAUUUUCAUCACAAGAAAGGAAAUAUUAUAAUAAGGCUAUCAGCUACUAUAAUGCAGCAUCUCAAGUUUUAGAUAAUCAUUCUAAAUUUCCUGAGAUAUGGGAUACUGUAAAUUGGGAAUUAUCAACCACUUUAUUCACUAUGGCAAGCUUGUUGCAAGAUUAUGCACCACAUUCUGCAUUUGGACAAGAGGAGAUAGAAAAGGAAGUUAAUGAAUUGAUGCUAAAAGCAUUGAAGCUUUGUGAAUAUAAAGAUGUAGUGGGUCCAAAGCAAGCUAUUUAUCAAUAUCGUACAGCCACUAUUCAUCACAGAUUAGGAUCAUUAUAUCAUAAUUCUUAUAGGAAUCAGAUGUAUAAUGAUUCAAGAUGCAAACAGAUGAGAACAUUAGCUGAUUCACAUUAUGUUAAAGCUUGUACUAUAUUUGGUACUUUGGAUCACUGCAAUGAAUUUCUUAGAGCUGCUAUGGAAAGAAUUGGAUUAUGGGAGCAUCAUUUAAAUGCCCUGACUGGUUUCGGUUCUAAAGUGAAGACCCUUCAGAUCAUUUUGGAAUGCAUGGUUUCUGCUAGACCAGUUUUGAAAUUAAUAAUUAAAAGAAGCGAAACGGACGUAGCCAAGGUAAAUAGUCAGAGUCCGUCUGACGAAAGCGAAGAAGAAAAGAACGAACAAGAUAGAUUACUGUCCUUAUUUGAGCAGCGUCUACAGUUUGUUUUAAAGACAUUAGUGAAAUGUUACAGUAAUAAACCAUCCAAAUUUAAAGACACACUAAAAAUUUGGAAUGAAAUAUACAGUGCCUGUGUACAGUCUUUUAAUGAUAUACCUCAUCAAAGUCAUUUAUAUGAUAUGCUGGAAAAAAUAGAACAUCAUCUUCAGAAUAAUUAAAAAAUUACGAUAAGAAUCUUACAAAGAAAGCAGUUAAAGCCAACAAAUGUCUUCUUGCAUUUUUGUUUUCAUUUAUGAAAAACCAAACUUUGUUCUUCCUGAAGAUUCAAACUGUGUUAAAAAAAAAAAAAAAAUUUUCUUUUUAAAUUGAGGAGACAUCUUAAAAAUUUUUCUGCUUGUAUAUUUUUAUAAGGUGAAACAGUAGCAAAGUAAUGUGAAAU